AUGAAGUACGCAUUUGUUCUCACCGCCAUCGCCGCCAUGGCCUCGAAGGUCGCCGCGGUCGGCGUCUCGGGUACCCCCGAGGGUUUCGCCUCGUCCGCCACUGGUGGUGGCAGCGCCACCCCCGUCUACCCUUCCUCCACCGAUGAGCUGGUCUCUUACCUCGGUGACUCUGAGGCCCGUGUUAUUGUCCUGAGCAAGACUUUCGACUUCACUGACACCGAGGGUACCACCACCACCACCGGUUGCCAGCCUUGGGGUACUGGCUCCGGCUGCCAGGUCGCCAUCAACAAGGACGACUGGUGCACCAACUACCAGCCCGAUGCGGCCACCACUUCCGUCACCUACAACAAGGCUGGUGAGCUCGGUAUCACCGUUGGCUCCAACAAGUCCUUGAUCGGUGAGGGCAGCAAGGGUACCAUCAAGGGCCGUGGUCUCCGCAUGGUCAGCGGUGCCAAGAACAUCAUCAUCCAGAACAUUGCUGUCACCGACAUCAACCCCCAGUACGUGUGGGGUGGUGAUGCCAUCACCAUCAACGAGGCUGACCUGAUCUGGGUUGACCACGUUACCACUGCUCGCAUUGGUCGCCAGCACUACGUCCUCGGUACCGAGGCCGACAACCGUGUCUCCCUGACCAACAACUACAUCAACGGUGAAUCCGACUGGUCCGCCACCUGUGACGGCCACCACUACUGGAACGUCUACCUCGACGGCUCCAGCGACAAGGUGACCUUCAAGGGCAACUACCUCUACAAGACCAGUGGUCGUGCCCCCAAGGUCCAGUCCAACACCUACCUGCACGCCGUGAACAACUACUGGGACGAGAACUCCAACCACGCCUUCGAGAUCGGCUCCGGUGGUUACGUCCUUGCUGAGGGUAACUACUUCUCCAACGUCAACGAGGUCCUUGAGUCCUCUUCCUUCGAGGGUGCCCUCUUCGCUGCCGACAGCGACUCCUCCACUUGCUCCUCCUCCAUUGGCCGCUCUUGCGUCGCCAACGUCAACGGUGGUACCCUGACCGGCACCUCCUCCGACGUCCUGUCCAACCUCAGCGGCGAGACCCUCCCCGACGCUGACAAGGCCAGCACCGACCCCGCCGGCAGCGCCGGUCAGGGUAACCUGUAA